AUGCAUGUGAUGCGUAAGCAUCACUGCGGUAAAUGUGGCUUACCGGUUUAUUUUGCGGAAAUGGUGCAGGCUGCGGGAAAUUACUGGCAUUCAUAUUGCUUCCGUUGCGCAAAUCCAGAAUGUGGUAAGUAUAUGGACAGCCGGUCGUACAAUGAUCACAAAGAGAAGUUGUACUGCAAUCGUUGUUACAAGUAUUUGUUUGGGCCAAAAGGCGUCGGAUAUGGUGUUGGCGCCGGAGUGCUGCUCACAGCCACUGUCAGUAGUGGAUCUUCGAAAAAGCAAACUUCAUCUAAAGCCGACGAUAUAGCGACCGCGUCGUUUUUGUAUACAGAUGAAAAGAAAACACAAAAGCCAGGAUACAUCGAGCGCGUCGAUGAAACAUUUUGUGACAAAAAAGACCUACAAUGCGGAAGUUUGCUUUCUUCAGAUCACUAA